UUAGAGAAUUUGUCGUUUAUCUUGGCUAAGUUUUCUAUUUAAGUAGUCUCCUUCUAAGCAUCCUUUACCAUUGAUUGUGAGGAAGGAUGUGGAUUAUUGCUUUGUGCUUAAUAUCUUUAGUAGUGAUAUGGAUUACCCAUUGGGUGCAUAAAUGGGGAAACCCUAAGGGGAAGGGGAGACUACCUCCUGGUUCCAUGGGAUUCCCAAUUAUUGGGGAGACAAUACAGUUCUUUGCCCCUCACACUAAGUGUGAUGUCCCACCAUUCUUCAACAAGAGAACGGCAAGAUAUGGGGCACUGUUUCGAACUAGUCUAGUAGGUCAGCAAAUAGUAGUAUCAACUGAUCCUGAGAUUAAUUACUACAUCUUCCAACAAGAAGGAAAAUAUUUCCAGUGCUAUUACACAGAGAGCUUCCUCAAGAUUCUUGGAGAUCAAAGUCUGCUUCAAUAUCAUGGGUUGUUCCAUAAGUAUCUCAAGAACCUCAUUUUGAAGCUCACUGGCCGUGAAAACUUAAAAGAAACGCUGCUUCACGAAAUGGAUGGACAUACUAGUAGGUCUAUGCACUCAUGGGCUAGCCAUGGCAACGUCGAUGUCAAGGAUGGAAUUGCAGAGAUGAUUUUUGAGUAUUUUGCCAAGAAAUUGUUUAGCUAUGAUGACAAAGAGGGCUUGAAGAAAUUGCGAGCGAACUACAAAGCUUUCUUGAAUGGGCUUAUCUCAUUUCCUUUGAAUAUUCCCGGAACAGCUUACUAUGCUUGUAUGCAGGGACGUAAAAAUGUAGUAAAGGUGAUUAAGGAUGCCUUCAAAGAGAGGAAACAAUCGCAAGUGCCCCAGCAUGAUUUUUUGGAUCAUUUACUUGAGGAAGUGAAGAAGGAAGGAACAUUUCUAACGGAGGAAAUUGCUAUGGACUUGGUCUUUGUGCUUCUCUUUGCUACUUAUGAGACUACCUCUACAGCAGUCACAUUUGCCACAAAGUUUCUCGCUGAGCAUCCUUCGGCGCUUGCAGAACUCACGCAAGAGCACGAGACAAUUCUAAGAAGCAGAGAGAACGAGGAGUCUGAAAUGACAUGGGAGGAAUAUAAAUCGAUGACUUUUACGCAUAUGGUUAUCAAUGAAACAGUUCGCUUGGCCAAUAUUGCACCAAUGAUUCUUAGAAGAGUGACUAAAGAUGUUGAGUUGAAGGGAUAUAUAAUUCCAGAAGGUUGGCUUGUUAUGGUCUCUACAUUGUCGACUCAUUUGGAUCCUGAUAUGCAUAAGGACCCCCUUGCAUUCAAUCCAUGGCGGUGGGAGGGACAAGAAUUGCAUGCUGGGUCUAAGAAUUUCAUGGCUUUUGGUGGGGGUGUGAGACUGUGUGUUGGAGCUGACUUUGCUAAGCUACAAACUGCCAUUUUUCUCCAUCAUUUGGUCACAAAGUACAGGUGGAAAAUAACUGGAGGAGGGGACAUAGUUCGAAGAUCAUCUUUGUCAUUUCCAAAUGGAUUGCACAUCCAAAUCUCACAAAAAAACCUCAUCUAAAAAUCAAAAUUGCUUUUGAAAGAAAGCAAUAUAUCAUGUUAAUUAUGAUUGUCGUUUCAGAUUGUACCAAACAUUGGGUUUUCAUCUUGUAUGAAUAAUGGGCUUAAUUACUUACCUUAGCUUGUGGGCUUUGUGAAGAUGUCAAUUCUAGUAUACAAAUCAUUAUUGCAUAUUGUGAAAA